AUGGCCGACGCGAACAAGGCAACAGAUGGCCCCUUGCCCUUCGCCGCCUCGGCGUACGACUUCACCCAACUGCCCGACUACGAUGAUGAUUUUGUAGACGAGGAGCACUUCGACGCCUUCGUCAACGCACUCUCCGCGCCCGAAAACACCUCUCCUUCUCAGGAAGACCUCGGCACUCCCAAUGGACAGCCUCAGUCCGUCUUCAUCACCGCGCUCAACGACUGGCGCCCCAUACACCAGCGCGUGCGAAGUAGACGGCCCGGGAAGAAGCAGAGGCCUCCGAGACGAGGCGUGGACGAGACGAGGGAGGGCUUCGUUUACACGCUGCUCAAGUGGCCGUUGCUGUUUACCGUCUUCGGCUGGCUCAUCUUCCUGGGCAUCUCUUACCUCUUGACGCGGGUGUACAUCUACUUGUACGAGCACUUUGUGACAUGGCGUGGCAAGAGAGAACGACUGAGGCGGGCGCUGCAGAGCAAGAGCCAUUAUGAGGAGUGGGUGGACGCAGCAAAGGAGCUGGAUACGUACUUGGGCAACGACGAGUGGAAGGCCAAGGAGGAGUAUGCCUACUAUGACAGCAAGACUGUCCGGCGAGUAAGAGAUCAGAUGGCGAGGCUGCGUGCAGCUGCUGGGGAUGCGACUGCGCAAGUCAACGGAGAGCAUGCCAAAAACAUAAGUGAGGAGCGGCAACGGCAGGCAGUCGAAGACCUGCGCAGUCUCGUCGAAGCCUGCGUCAAGUCCAAUUGGUCUGGCACCGAGAACCCGCAUCUGUACUCUGAAACCUAUUUCGGCACAAAACACCUAGUUCAAUCCUACUUCGACCAAGUCUCCGCCUCGCUCGAGCUCCUCUCCUCCACACCCUAUCUAUCGCAAGAAGCCAAACACAACUUCUUCAAGCACCUGUCCACAAACUAUGGCCGCACCGCGUUGUGUCUCUCAGGAGGCGCCACAUUCGCAUACUACCACUUCGGCGUGGCAAAAGCCCUAAUGGACGCCUCCCUCCUCCCAACCGUGAUAACCGGCACCUCCGGCGGCGCCCUUGUAGCCGCCCUCCUCGCAACCCGCACCGACGACGAGCUGAAGCGUCUCCUUGUGCCCGCUCUCGCCAACCGUAUCACCGCCUGCCACGACGACAUCUUGACCUGGCUCCGGCGCUGGUGGGCCACCGGCGCGCGCUUCGACGCCGUCGACUGGGCCAAGCGCUGCGCGUGGUUCUGCCACGGCAGCCUCACCUUCCGCGAAGCUUACCAGCGCACUGGCCGUAUCCUGAACGUGACUUGCGUGCCCAGCGACCCGCACUCGCCGACAAUCCUGGCAAACUACAUCACGUCUCCCGACUGCGUCAUCUGGAGCGCGGUGUUGGCGUCUGCGGCGGUGCCGGGGAUUCUGAACCCGGUCGUGCUGAUGAAGAAGCGGCCGGAUGGAAAACUGGAGCCGUAUUCUUUUGGCCAUAAGUGGAAAGACGGCAGUCUGCGGACGGAUAUCCCGCUCAAGGCGCUGAACUUGCACUUCAACGUCCGCUUCAGCAUCGUCAGCCAGGUCAACCCGCACAUCAACCUGUUCUUCUUCUCGUCUCGCGGCAGUGUCGGACGGCCAGUGACGCACCGUCGCGGGCGCGGCUGGCGCGGCGGCUUCCUUGGGUCAGCAACGGAGCAGUACCUCAAGCUGGACCUAACAAAAUGGCUCAAGGUCCUGCGCCACCUCGAGCUGCUGCCCCGCCCGCUCGGCCAGGACUGGUCCGAGAUCUGGCUCCAGCGCUUCAGCGGGACCAUCACGAUCUGGCCGAAGAGUAUACCCUCGGACUUCGUGCAUAUCCUCUCGGAUCCGUCGCCGGAACGGCUGGCGAGAAUGAUAUACGUGGGGCAGCAGAGCGCGUUUCCGAAGCUGCAGUUCAUUGCGAAUAGGAUGAGGGUUGAGCGGUUGAUUGAGAGGGGGAGGAGGAGUACGCGGGAGAAGAAGACGCCGGCUACCACACCAGCGGCGGUAGAUGGGCUCAAGAGUCCGGGACUCCUGGCUAACAUCCUCUCCGAAGACGACCUUCGCGACCUUCUACGUCGAAAAGAGAAGCGAGAACGCCGUCCACGCACUCCAGCAACCCAGCACCAACGACUCGACAACGGCGGCGUGGCUCCUCCGCCGUUCGCAGCAUCCCCCGACUCGGGCAGCAGCACCUCCCUCUCCGGCUCCGAAUCUGAGUCCCCGGAGCCAUCCCCCAACAACGGUAACGACCAGCCUCCGCCCUCCCCCAGCAUAUCCAAGCGGCUGUCCGACUGGUGGAAAGGCUCCCCCUCCACCUCGCGCACGCCUUCUGCAUUAGGAGUACCCCGCAAGCGCCACAGUAUCGCGACGCCCAUAUCCCACACCGAGGCCGAGCGGCCACACAGCAUGUUCGAGCUUGGCCCCCCGAGCCGCAAGACUACGGGGACGGAGGCGGGGCAGCAGCAGUAUCCACGACGGCGGAGGGGCUCGUUCUUGCAGGAGCUGGAGAGGCAGACGAGUGUGUUUUUUGAUGAUGCCGAUGUGGAUGAUGAGGGCGAGAGUGAGGGUGAGGGAAACCAAGGGGAUGGGGAGGGAGAUGCAGGGCAGGAGGUGCAGAGGCUGGGCGAUGUGUUCGAUGAGGCGGGCGAGGAGGCUAUGGAGGCUUUUGAGAGGAGUGAGGGCAGGGAUGAUGAGGCUUGGACGUAG